UUACACUAAAACCAAAAAUACUGUCAGAAAAAGAAAACUUUCGCCGUUUUUUCUACCUAAAAGAAAGAAGUCACCGAUUUUCCAUUCCAAUUUCUUAUUCACGUCAUUCCGAUAAGGAAAUGGAAAACGAAAACAACCCUUUGAUGGGAUCUGAAACCUUUGUUUCUGAAGAUUUCGUUCAUGUUGAUAACCCUAAUAAUCGCAGUGAUACCUUGAUUGAUGAAACAGAAGUGAUGUCUUCUAGUUUGGGAAUAUCAGAAAACCCUAAUGUUAAUAUUGUUCCCGAAGGUUUGGUUGAAGGAAUUAUUGAUGCUGAUUCGCAUAGAAACGAAGAAGUAGAAGAAGUGACUGUUGAACAUGAAGAUCUUGGAUCUGCUGCUGCUGCUACUCCUUCAAUGGGGAUUGAAAGAGAUUUGCCUGAGGCACUUUUAAAGAACGUUGUUGUUUUGGAAUGUGAAUCUUCCGCUGAAGGUGGUUCUUGCAAGAUUCAUUUGGUUGGAACUGCUCACGUUUCUCAGGAAUCCUGCGAAGAAGUUCAAGCUAUCAUCAGUCACUUGAAACCGCAGGUUGUAUUCUUGGAGCUAUGUGCGAAUCGGAUAUCUAUGUUGACCCCUCAAAAAUUAGAGGUACCUACCAUGAAAGAAAUGAUUGAUAUGUGGAAGAAAAAGAAAAUGAACACUUUUGGAAUUCUUUACAGCUGGCUUCUGGCCAAGGUUGCUAGUGAGCUUGAGGUUUUCCCUGGUUCUGAGUUCCGUGUGGCAUUUGAAGAAGCAAGGAAAUAUGGUGGAAAAGUUAUUUUGGGUGAUCGUCCAGUUAAUAUAACAUUACGUAGGACCUGGGCUUCAAUGACAAUGUGGCACAAGAUAAAGUUUAUCUACUGCAUAGUUUUUCAAGCAAUCUUUUUACCAAGCCCCGCCGAUCUGAAUAGAAUGCUGAAGGAAAUGGAAGACGCUGACAUGUUAACUCUGGUGAUACAAGAAAUGAGCAAGAAGUUUCCUUCUCUUAUGGAGACCCUUGUAUUCGAGAGAGAUUUGUACAUGGCAACAAGUCUUCUGAAUGUUGCUAGUGAACAUACUUCUGUAGUUGCUGUUGUUGGGAAAGGGCACCUUCGAGGAAUUAGGAAGCACUGGCAGCAACCAAUUGAGGUGAAGCAUCUUCUAGAAAUUCCCACACAAAGGUCGAGAAUUACUGCUGCAAGGAUUCUUACUUUUAGUGUUGCUGUUGCUGGUGCGGCCAUUGUAUCUGGCAUUUAUUUUGUGAGCAAGAAGUAAAUUUAACACAAGUUUGGUAAUAUCUGUGGAAAAGCAACUGAAGAAGGGAUUUUAGUUUCUUAAUAAAUAUUUGAGUGCAAUUUCCCGAUCUUCACAAAUUGGUCAAAGGCAAGUGUUUUUUCCUCUUUAACAAGGGUAGGGAGGGCUGUCUUUGUCCUUUUGGAAAUAAAAGUAUCCUAGAAAUGACAAUUCCGUGGGAACCCUCUUAGAAUUUGCACUUGCAUAGUUUUUUUGUAAGGAAAUAUGAGCCACAGCAAGCGUCAUUUAUCAAGCACAGAUACUUAUUUUACAACGUUUGCCUUUCAAUUAACCCCGCCUUGUCUAAUUAAAACUCUCUUUUUGGAUUGUCAAGAACUUAUCCUUUCACUUAAGCUGCAA